AUGAGUGAACAUCGAGAAUCAUCCAAAAUACCUGUUAAGGUUAUUGACUUAUUAAGUGACACAGUUACAAAACCAGACAUCCAUAUGCGGCAAGCCAUGUUUGAAGCAGAAGUUGGAGACGAUGGCUAUCGAGAAGACCCAACCGUAAAUUUAUUGGAAAAUAAAUCAUCAACACUUUUUGGAAAAGAAGCAGCAUUAUUUCUACCAAGCGGCGUCAUGGGAAAUUUAGUUGCAAUGAUAGCUCAUAUGAACGAUCAACGAGGAUGUGAAGUGCUAGUUGGUAACAAAAGUCACAUUUUACUGUGGGAACAGAGUGGAGCUGCGCAGUUUGCAGGUUUGCAAAUGCGAGAAGUUAGAAAUUUACCAGAUGGUUCAUUAGAUAUGACAGAAUUACGUGAAAAAUUUCGGCCAUCGAAUCCACUUGAUCACGAAUCUCACACAUCAUUAGUUUGCAUAGAAAACACCCACAACUAUCUUGGUGGUGUAGUAAUUCCUCUUGAGUGGCUUGAUCAACUAGGAAAAUUUGUUAAGGAAAAAAACGUCCCUUUGCAUAUGGACGGGGCUCGAGUGUUUCACGCAGCCGUUCACUUGGGUGUCCCCGUCAGUCGAAUAGCUGAACACUGUGAUUCCGUGACGUUCUGUCUGAGCAAAGGACUCGGGGCACCUAUUGGUGCGGUUUUGGUGGGCAACAAAAUGUUUAUCGAAAGGUGCCGAAGAAUCAGAAAAUCCUUGGGUGGGUCUAUGCGCCAAUCAGGUAUCGUGGCCGCAGCUGGGGUGUACGCAUUAGAUAACUGCGUGGAAAGACUGGCCGUGGAUCACUGGCACGCCAAGAAAAUUGGACAUGCUAUCGAUCAAAUGGCCAGUCCUGACGUGUCUGUUAACCUGGAGAAAAUCGAUACCAAUAUAUUAAUUAUAAAGUUAAAUAAUUCGGAGAUCAAAUCAGCUGACCUCUACAACAUGCUGUUGAAGGUAGACAACGAGAGUGAUGAUAAUCUGCACAAAGUAAAUUUAACGUCUGUUCGAAUUUCAUAUUUAUACGAAGGAUGUGUGAGAUUGGUUUUGCACAAGGACAUUUCCGAGGAAGACGUGGAUAUGGCUAUUGAAAAGAUAAAAUAUGUAAUUGGAAAAAUCAGUUCAUUCAAUUAA